UGACUACAACUAUAAAAGCAACCGCCCGAGUCAGUCCAGGCAUGAGUUUCAGAAGAACGACGCUGAGCCAAAAGCUGACACCAAGGAAACUACUCGGAGCAACUCUGCUGAGAUCCUCAAGAUCUUUGAGAAACAGAGCACUUAUCGCUGAAAGAACUUUUAAGGAAGGAGCAAGAUGUCCUCUGCUAAGGGAAUUUCCGUUGGCAUCGAUCUGGGAACCACCUAUUCUUGUGUUGGGGUUUUCCAACAUGGCAAAGUGGAGAUCAUCGCCAACGACCAGGGCAACAGGACCACUCCCAGCUAUGUGGCCUUUACUGACACAGAGAGGCUCAUUGGAGAUGCUGCCAAGAACCAGGUCGCCAUGAAUCCCACCAAUUCAAUAUUUGAUGCCAAAAGACUAAUCGGGAGAAAGUUUAAUGACCCUGUUGUCCAGUCCGACAUGAAACUCUGGCCUUUCAAGGUGAUCAGCGAUAACGGAAAGCCCAAAGUUCAGGUGGAGUUUAAAGGUGAGACCAAGGCCUUCUACCCAGAGGAAAUCUCAUCAAUGGUCUUGAUUAAAAUGAAGGAGAUAGCUGAGGCCUACCUUGGACAGAGGGUGUCAAAUGCAGUCAUCACAGUGCCAGCUUACUUCAACGAUUCGCAGAGGCAAGCCACUAAGGAUGCAGGAGUGAUCUCUGGUCUGAAUGUUCUGAGGAUCAUCAACGAGCCCACGGCAGCGGCAAUUGCCUACGGCUUGGAUAAAGGUAAAAGAGGAGAACGCAAUGUGCUCAUCUUUGAUCUCGGUGGAGGCACCUUUGACGUGUCCAUCCUGACCAUUGAAGACGGCAUCUUUGAGGUAAAAGCCACUGCGGGAGACACACACCUUGGUGGGGAGGACUUUGACAACCGUAUGGUCAACCACUUCCUGGAGGAAUUUAAAAGAAAGCACAAGAAGGACAUCAGCCAAAAUAAGAGAGCAGUACGGAGACUGCGUACAGCUUGUGAGAGAGCAAAGAGGACCCUGUCCUCAAGCACCCAGGCUAGCAUUGAAAUCGACUCUCUGUUUGAGGGCAUCGACUUCUACACCUCCAUCACAAGGGCACGCUUUGAGGAGCUCAACUCGGAGCUCUUCAGGGGAACACUGGAGCCAGUUGAGAAAGCCCUACAAGAUUCUAAGAUGGAUAAGUCAAAGAUUCACGAGAUUGUCCUGGUUGGUGGCUCCACCAGAAUACCCAAAAUCCAGAAGUUCUUGCAGGAUUUCUUUAAUGGCAGAGAACUGAACAAGAGCAUCAACCCAGAUGAAGCUGUGGCGUGCGGUGCAGCGGUCCAGGCUGCUAUCCUUAUGGGUGACACUUCGGAGAACGUCCAAGAUCUGCUGCUGCUGGAUGUGGCUCCCCUGUCUCUGGGCAUCGAGACUGCAGGUGGAGUUAUGACGCCUCUCAUCAAACGCAACACCACCAUCCCCACCAAGCAGACCCAGGUCUUCUCCACAUACGCAGACAACCAGCCAGGUGUGCUCAUCCAGGUGUAUGAGGGCGAGAGAGCCAUGACCAAGGACAACAACCUCCUGGGCAAGUUUGAGCUCACAGGUAUCCCUCCUGCUCCCCGAGGUGUACCGCAGGUGGAGGUAACUUUCGACAUUGACGCCAACGGCAUUCUGAAUGUGUCCGCUGUCGACAAAAGCACCGGCAAAGAAAACAAGAUCACUAUCACCAAUGACAAGGGCCGCCUGAGCAAACAGGACAUUGAGCAGAUGGUACAGGAUGCGGAAAAGUACAAGGCUGAGGACGACCUGCAGAGGGACAAGGUUUCAGCAAAGAACUCGCUGGAGUCCUACGCCUACCACAUGAAGGGCAGUGUCGAGGAUGAGAGCAUGAAAGGAAAGAUCACGGAGGAGGAUAAAAAAAUGGUCAUUGACAAGUGCAACCAGACGAUCUCCUGGCUGGAGAACAACCAGCUGGCGGAGAAGGACGAGUACGAGCAUCAGCAGAAAGAACUAGAGAAGGUGUGCAAGCCGAUCGUGACAAAGCUGUACCAGGGAGCAGCACCGGGAGGCUGCAGCGGCCAGGCAGGAGACAGCUCUCAGGGCCCCACUAUUGAGGAAGUGGACUGAUAAGUCAGAAUUUUGUUUACAGAAAUAUUUUAGUCAUAUCUCUGUUGUUUGGUACCAUAAAUAUUGUAAUUUCACUGUUAUUCUUGACUUGUAAUUUUCAGAAAUCAGUGACCGCAGUCGCUUUAUAGCCGAGAUGAUUCUAAUAGUAAUAUUGAAGACUGUUGAAGAUUUCACACCAGGCAAAGCAGACUCUUGUUUCAGAAUGUAAACCACGAUUUAAUAAAAAUCAAGUGAAAUGAUGACGA